AUGGCAUUGAAAGUGGAUAGAAUUCAGGUCCAACCUUUCCCCCCAUUUCAACAAGAGCAACAUGAUGCGCCAGUUCAACAGGACGUCAAGUCCCCGACUCUCCUCCAUAGAGCAGCAAGCUUCGAGUCUACAAACGAAGAAGAUGUCCAAGAUAGUCCCGUCUCACCCGGCGUAAAGAGAAACUUCUCCGAUACAAGUCUGUCCUCUAAAAACGAAUCGUCGACCGUCAAAGAGAAUUUUGCUGCUGGAAAGGAUAUACUGCGUCGAGUUACACUCCGUCCCUCGAAUAAGCCCAAGMCCUUGMCCCGCCGCAUAUCGACCAACGAAAUUCCUACAACUGCCAAUUCGGUUUCUGGAGUAGAUAAUGCAGCGCCGAGAGAAAGGCCAGGGAGCUUGAUUGAGGAGAAUAAAGAUAUGCCAAGUCAAGAUUCGACACCGCAGAUUGUUGUGAGACCGUCCAAGUCUCGGUCAGUUUCCGGGAAGAUUGCUACGCUUGCGCGCGUUUCAUGGAUGUCAAGCUCUCGUUCACCAUCACCAGCCCGUGAUGUAAAAAGAGGAGCAUCGUCUUCGCGAGAGCAGUCUCCAACCCCCAGAAGUCACCCUGCGUCCACAAACGGGCUGUCUUUAAGCAGCGAAACCAAGGAACCCCGACCAAAUACCAAUGACGACAUGCAGUCUAAACGGCCAACUUCGAGUAAAAGAUCGCGUCGACCAUUAAGUGCUUUUGUCCCGAGAAGCAAAUCAGCCGACCCGCCUUCACCAUCACUUCGAAGCAGGAAAUCAGUUGACCAACUAGGAGCCCGUGGACCAGAACUACCACCUCUUCCUAAUCCUCCAAUUCCCUCUUCGAUACCCGCUUUAGAGCCUGGUCGAAAAAAGGACGAGCUCUGGAAUGUUUUCAGAGGUCUUGAGGCAGAUCUUCAGAAGUUUCACGCCAAAUCUACUAAUCUGAAAGUAAAUGUGGUACGGUCGUCAUUGCUCCCUUUUCUUCAACGAUAUGCAUCGCAUCCGUCGUUCAACGAGCUCAAGCCGGAGGACCUUGAUCGGCGGGUCAACAUCCUGAACAAGUGGUGGACUUCAUUAUUGGGACUAUUGCAUGGUAAACAUAAUCAGUCAGUGUCUGGCACAGAUCGACCAGUAUUUUUGGAAGCGCUUUCAGGGAUUAUGAUGCGCAAGGAAUGGAGGAUCCCAUAUCAGCCCCAGAACUUCUUCGCCCAUACCUCCAAUUCUUCGUUAGAGUCAAGCUCCUCGGAUUUUUUGGCGGAAUCGAUAUUCCACAAUGUGCGCAAUAUUUUCAACCAGAAUCUCCUCUCUCAGAUGUCCUUCGUUGUGGAAAGAAUGUCCCUACGGCAUGCGCCGGCUAGUUUGGUGUCUUUCUGUGGAAAAGCAUGUGCUUACGCGUUCUAUUUCUGCCCAGGCGUUGCCGAUAUGUUGGUGCGGCUAUGGAAUACUCCCUCGGAUGCGUUUCGUCGGUUGCUGGCAGAUCCAUUGGGAUACAAAGGACUAGGAGGUAGGGCCAUCGCGCAGAAUCUUGCUGCUAGGUUCCCGCUUCCUGUACGACCGUUAGCCUUCUGCUCUCAUAUUGCGCUUUCCAGAUACUUACGGCAACCGCUGAUUUUACCAUUGAGCGCGACACAAAUCCCAUGGCAUGGACCGUGGGUGUCACGCUGGUGUGGACGGGACAGUGACCUCUUCUACGUUUUCGUCAAGUACUUUCAUACGCUCAAUUGUGACUUUAUACCCCCAGAGACAGAUACGUCGCAUCAACUAUUCGCUCCUGGGAUGUUGUCUGUGCAAGGCCAUCUUUUGAUGGUGCUAGAGGAUACACUAUACCGACAAUCUUCUCCACAAGCACCAGAAAAUCCAUUUGCGCCAAGCUCUGUUACUUUUGACGAUUUCAUUGAAGGACCCAAUGCUGCCAUGUCAACAAUGCAUAUAGGCAUGGCAAAUUGUCAUCGGUCGAUGGCAGAGAAUCGAUUGAUUAUACUCUUGCGCGAUUUCCUUUCGGAGCCGUCGCCAGAUUCCGCCCCAGCUCGAAGAAUGUACAUUGAUUCCUUCAUGCGCGUAUUGAAAACCGCGGCUCGCAAGACAUCACUAUUCAAUCACAACGCCUGUCUUGUUUUGUGCGAUUUUGUCGAAGAGACUGCCCCGUUAAUCGACCGAUACGCUCGAAAAGCCAAAGAAGACAUCUUCCAUUGGCCAUUUUGGCUCGAUGUUUGCAAGCAAAUGACACUCAGUCAGAAUUCAAUGACUGAGGUUCGCUUGUUCUCUUUCUUGUUUUCCAUGUGGAAACCAUGGACCUCGAACAAGGAACGAUACUACAGCUUAUGUUCUCAGUUUUUGCUACAUGAUGACUACUUUUAUACAUACUUUAGCCAUUGGAAUCCAAUGGUUCGAGCGUAUUUUCAGCGGCUCAUUUGUUGGAGGGUGGCUCGUUUCAGCGCCAACCCUACUCCAGUUGAAUCGGAUGUCUAUGAGAUGCUUAUGGACAAACUAGAACAAGUCUGGGCGUUCUAUUUGACAUACAAUUUGAGAGCUAGAAAGGAAAUGCUUCCGCUAUUGGAUGCGGCGGCCGGCAAUCCAGCUCCUGCUCGACGACUUUUGAUUAUUCGCUCUGACAACCAGCAGCCGUCCCCAAGCAGUCCUUUCAUGUCUUUCGACAGAUUGAGCACGCCAUCGUUCGAUCAAAGCGCAUAUAAAUCUCACGGCACACUCAAGUUUGAUAUCAACGGCAUGCCUUCAGAAUCAGAUUCUCCGUCUGCGCCCAAACGACGGUGGAAUAUACUGAAGAGUGUAUUUGGAACAACUGCGAAUCCAAAGCCUGGAGAGGUUACGCCUCCUGGGAGCGUGUCCGAUGAAAACGAAAUAAAUCCCAUCGACAGUCUCAUGAAGAAGCAGGAAGAGAACGGCAACCAUGUGACUGAAGAAGACGAUAGUAUAUACGAAUCUCAACCACCUCAUCAACCGUACAAUUUCAAAUUUUCUUUGGAGUGGUAUCAGCACCCACACAAGAAUCAUAAUCCGCACCACAAACCUCCCAAGCCGAGACCUCUUUUUGAGCCAGGGCUCCCGCGAAAGACCCUUUAUCAUGUCCAACACCAGCGAUCAGCCAAAGCUUUAAGGCACUCGACAACAACUACAGAAGAAUCGAUUGAUCCUCGCCGGGACGCUGACGCAUCGACAACCAGCACUCGGAACUCGUACGCAACGACCAAAACAUCCGUCGACGAAGAAACAGAUUCAACCAUUUUUGCGCACAUUGAAGACAGCAAAAUCCUACGCGACGAACGUAUAGUGUCUAGUAAAUACGCAGGACGAGCCUUGGCAGAAUGGGCUGCGAUUAUCACAGAAUUCGAUAACUUCUUUGACCGGCGUCUUAAAGAAGGUGUCCCGAGCGAUGAACUCGUCGAAACACCUACACUGAGUGUGGAAAACCUCAAGAAGUGA